CAUGUACAGUAUCAUUAUAACAAAUAUUUAAACGUUCGCUUAUGCUCUGUUUGACAGUUUGUAACAUUUACCGAGCACUUUCAGAUAACUUAAGACAAUGUCUUGGGUUCAUAAUCCAAAUACCAUUUUGCUCAUGAAAUCGUAUUUUGCUUUUUCGAUCCUUGUACUUUUUGCGGAUGCUGCUGCCGGUAAAAAGAAAAUCCUCAUCUUACCUGCAGAUCACAACAGUGGGAUUCUGCAGAUGGUACACCUCGCUAAUGCAAUUUCAGAAGAUGGUCAUCAAGUUGUUUUCUGUACUGGUUCAAAAGACUACAAGCCAGUGGAAAAACUCAACCCUAAUAUCUCAUUACACGAGGAUAAAAAUAAAGCACACGCGAAUUAUAUUUUAUCAGAAGUUUUGGAUGGUGUUUUACAAGAAAAGCCUAAAACGAUUAUCGAGUUACUUUACAGUGGGGUUGCGGGUAUGGACGCUAUGAACACUUUACCGAAAUCAUUUCUAUCAGAUCCCGAAACUUUAGCCGACAUGAAAUCGUGUGAUCUGGCUAUAAUUUUGGCACCCGAACUUUUCUGGUCUGCUCUGAUUAUACCAUAUAAACUGGACAUACCAUAUAUAGUCAUUAACGCAAGAACUGACCCUUGGAUUCAGGGUGUUGCGUCAUCCCCAGCAGCUGAACCGAACUUCGGGUUUGCUAGUCUGGAUGAGAACUCAGGGUUGCUGGAACGUUUGAUGAACACUUUUACUGUUGUUGUUGGUAACAAUAUUGCUGCUUUGUUAAUAGAGUACAGAUACGGGCACUUAGUGAGCAAACUUGCGCCCGAAAAACCUCCAAAAAAAUUGUCGGAGUUAUACAGCGAGGCGGGUAUGGUUUUUGUUCAGCAGAACCCAGUUUGCCUUGAUUACCCGAGAAACACAAUGCCACACUACCAAAUGGUCGGGGGAUACUCGGCUCAGAAAUCAGGCUCGGCGUCAAAUGAAACUAUGAAACCUUUUCAUGAUUUUCUCGGCCAAUCCGAUUUUGUCUUGAUGACUUUAGGUAGUCAAGUUAAAACUAUUCCGAAUGACAAAUUGAAGAUAAUUUUAAACACUUUCGCCAAGUUUCAAAAUCUUAAGUUCGUUCUACGAAAUGUGGGAAAAACUGAAAAUCUGCCCAAAAAUGUUUUGAUCAGUCCUUGGUUACCUCAAAGUGAUCUAAUGGCCCUCCCUAACGUAAAACUAUUCAUAACUCACGGUGGACUGAAUGGGCAGAAUGAAGGCGCUUAUUAUGGUGCUCCGAUGCUAGUUCUUGCCAUAUAUGGUGACCAUUGGUACAACGGAAGACGCGCAAACAGACUCGGAACCACCGAAGUUCUCGACUUCGCAAAAUUAACCGAAUCGGAUUUUACCAAUAAGCUUAAUUUGAUGCUAAGUCAAAAGUCGUACUCAGAAAAAGCGCUGAAAUGCAAGAAAAUUUUGCAAGCGUUGCCUUCUGCGAAAGAAGUUUCUUUAUACUGGAUUAAUCAUGUUUUGGAAUUCGGAUACGAUCAUUUACAGCCAUUGACCAAAAACAUGCCCUGGUAUCAGAUGCUAAUUUUGGACCAAAUACUUGUAGUUUUUGUUUGUUUGGCGAUAGGAAUGACACUGUUUCUGUCUGUGAUGCGAAUGCUUUGGAGGUGUCUGUGUGCUAGAAGAAAACGAAAAACCGAAUAAUUGAUGACAAAGCACUGAAAAAUCAUGGCAGAUUGAAACUUUUUUCUCCGAAAGCAUUUGUCAAUGGAUGUAAGCGGAUUUUAGUACUUCAAAUUUAUUUAAUUUUUCAU